AUGCGCUUCCUCCUCACCAUCAUGGCCUUAGCUGCAGUCGCCAGCGCAGAGACAGUGUGGUGCAACAAAGGAACAGCUGGCAAUGGCAAAUGCGAGCCCGAAUUCCACACAUUCUGCUGUACUCCUACCAGCGGCGGCGAAUACACAAACAAGAAGACCCCAGCAAGAGAAGGCUUCAACCCUUCGAACUCACGGAAUUGUGGUGCAGAGAUUCCUGGAACUGGUGGGACGACUGAGGGAGCGGUGUUUUGUGCUAAGUGA